AUGGCGCGGGCGCGGGCGGCGGGCUCCCGGGGCCGGCCCGGGCGGUGCGGGCGGGGCGCGCUGCUGGUCUGCGUCGCGUGGACCGCGGGUUGGGUGCUGGCGGCCGCGCUGCUGCUCCGCGCGCACCCGGGCGUCCUCUCCGAGCGCUGCACCGACGAGAAGAGCCGGCGCAUCCUGGCCGCGCUGUGCCACGACUACCGGGGCGGCGCACUCGGGGGAGACCUGUGCGAGGACCUGUGCGUGGCGGGGCAGCUACGGUACCGGCGCUGCCUGUACUACGAGCGGGGCAAGAAGGUGCUGCAGGCUGACUGGCGCGGCCGGCCCGUGGUCCUCAAGUCCAAGGAGGAGGCCUUCUCCAGCUUCCCGCCGCUCGGCCUCCUGGACGGCCAGCCCGAGGCCGGCGGCCAGAGCUUCCCGGAGGCAGAGCUCCUCCUGCUGGCGGCCGGGGAGGUCAGGAGCGCGCUGGGCCUGGAGCUGGCCGAGGGCGGCCUGGGGCGGCUGGGCCUGGGGCGGCGGGGGCCCCGGCUGCGGGGUCAGCUGGCCAGCCUGUGGGCGCUGCUGCAGCAGGAGGAGUUCGUGCUGCUCAGCCUGCUGCGGGGCCGCAGCCCGCACGCGCCGCCCGUGCUGGGCUCCUGCGGCCACUUCUACGCCGUGGAGCACCUGGCCGCGGGCAGCCCCCGCCUCCGGGCCCUCUUCCCCCUGGACGGCGCGGCCCGCGGAGGCCGGGCGCAGGCGCGCGCGCUCAGCGGCGUGGCGCUCAGCUUCCUGGACAUGGUCCGCCACUUCGAGCACGACUUCUCGCACCGCCUGCACCUCUGUGACGUCAAGCCCGAGAACUUUGCCAUCAGGAGCGACUUCACGGUGGUGGCUAUUGACGUGGACAUGGCCUUUUUCGAACCUAAAAUGAGGGAAAUUCUUGAGCAGAACUGCACGGGAGAUGAAGACUGCAAUUUCUUUGACUGUUUUUCAAAGUGUGAUUUGCGAGUGCACAGGUGUGGAGCCCAGAGAACCAACAGCAACCUGCAGGUCGUCUGCGACAAGAUCCUCCGCCACUGGUUCUCCUCGCCCCGCGGCAGCCCCGCCGUGUCGGCCCCGCUGCGGCGGCAGCUGCGGGCGGCGGUGCUCGAGUGCGCGGCCCCGGGGGCCCAGGGCGCGGCGCCCAGCGUGCUCGCGAAGCUGCGGCGCCUCCUCCAGGCCGCGCUGCGGGAGCUGCGGGAGGACGAGUAG